AUGACUUACAGAACCCUAACGCUGUUAGUCUCUGGUCGCCGGAAAAAUGUUUUUGGCCGGAAAAAGAUUCCUAAAGUUGUCAUCAUUCCCGGCGUCACCCGCGCUAAUUGUUUUGAAGGCUCUGCUGGUGGUUACACAACAUUGGCUGCACUUGCAUUCAAGAAUACUUUUAAGGCUAGAGCUUUCUAUAUGAUAGCGGACCUGAAGUUGCUGAAAGAAGAAACUCACAAAUUUGAGUCCCAUGACUUGGAUAAUAUUGUUGGUAAUUAUUAUUUUGAGAGAUCACCUAUCAAUUUUGUUGAUCUCUUUUCUUGCCUUAUAAUCCUCUUUCAAGGAUUGGAAGACAAGGUUAUACCUCCUGAUCAAGCAAGAAAAAUUUAUCAAGCAUUGAAAGCAAAAGGAUUACCAGUUGCUUUAGUGGAGUACGAAGGGGAGCAGCAUGGUUUUCGUAAGGCCAAAAACAUUAAAUUCACACUUGAACAACAAAUGGUGUUUUUCGCACAUUUAGUGGGACACUUUAAGGUUGCAGACGAAAUCGAAAUCGUUCCCAUCAAGUUUGAUAAUUUUGACUAAGAAGUAUGUAUUUUUAUAUCUUUUGGCACUUCACUAGCUUAGAGGUGACAUUUUUGGCCUAUUUUCCUAAAUUGGUUCAUGUUACGUUUUUUCUUUGGGUCAAACAAGCAAAGUCAAACUGGUUAAAUAUCACUCAAAACUCUUGGCUAAAUGAAAACAUGUUAAUUUCAGAGUGAAAGUUAACCUUUUUGAACAA